GCCAUGGUGAGCGGGCCGGCGAUGGCUCCGGCAGCGUGGCCGGGGGCGGGAACGGCGGCGGCGACGCAGGACGAGAUGCGGUGGCGGCAGCUGGACAGCGGCGUCAGCGCGGUGUCCUUCGGGUUCGUGGCCACGGCCAUCCUCGUCUCCAUGUUCCUCGCCAUGGCCAUCCUCGAGCACUUCCUCCGCGCCCCGGCGCGCGCCCGCGGGAUGGGCAUGGGCCCGCCGUUCGCGCCCUCGCCGCCCCGAGGAGGGAUCCUCUUCCGCCUUCGCUUCCUCCUCCUCCGCGGCCGCCGCGGCGGCGAGGCCGGCCUCCCCGGCUCGGAUCUCGAGGCGGCCAGCAAGCUCGACGGCCGCGCGUCCCCCGAGAUGCCUGUUUAUGCCAAAGGUGUAUCCGUUCUGAUGCCAGGACAAGAUGUACCAACAUUCAUCGCGCAUCCUGCCCCAGCACCCUGUCCCCCCGAGAGGAUCCAGUGGCCAUCGCAUCAGCCUACUCCUUUUGCUGGUUCCUCCUCAAAUCCAAGCUAGCACGGUCGGACCAACCACCCUUCUGUCUCACAAUCCAAAGGGAAGGCGUAAAAUGCAGGCAGAAUGACCACAAUCUGCAUCUGUACAGUGUAGAUCUUCGUUCUGGAGCAAGUUUUGCUGGAUCCUGCUGUAUUAUGGCGGGGGAACAGCGGCUAGUGGAUCCAUGGAAUUGUUGCUGAUCCCACUUGCUCGGGUAGUGUUAGAUGCCUUUGUUUUCGUUUA